UUAUCUAUUAGAUUUACAAUACAGCCGGACUGUAAACUAUUUAUAUAAUAUUUUUAACUUAUUAAGAACAAAUGCUCAAUAUGAUGUUAAAAGAAGUACUCGUGAUCGUGUGCCUGGCGAGUAUGGCGAUUGUGAAAGCAGCGCCGACGACGCAAAUGUCCGACGGUGAUGCAAUGGACUACCUCACCAGAUUUGGUCACAUGCCCUCAACCUCAUCAGGGGGCAAGUUAGGCUCAAUCACACACUCUGACAUCACGGAUUCGCUGAAACGUUUCCAGAAAAUGGCGGGAAUAGAACAAACUGGCGAGAUUGAUGCUAAAACCAAAGAAAUGAUGGCGAUGCCAAGAUGUGGUAACUCAGACGCCACGGUCCAUCUUCCGAGAAGCAAACGUUACGCAAUAGAAGGAAGCCAAUGGCCCAAAAAUGACUUGACGUAUUCUAUUCUCGUAUAUACUCCCGAUCUCGCACGUGACUAUGUCGACCAAGAAGUAAAACGAGGCUUUCAAGUUUGGAGUGACGUCACACCGUUAACUUUUACCCAGAGGUCCGCAGGAAGUAACGUUGACAUCGAGAUAAAGUUCUCUGCAGGCGACCACGGUGAUGGGUAUCCAUUUGAUUCUGAAUUUGGCACACUUGCGCAUGCGUUCUUUCCCCAGUACGGCGGUGACGUACAUUUUGAUGAAGCUGAAGAAUGGACCUUAGAUACCUCAGGCGGGAUCAAUCUCUUCCAAGUCGCCGCUCACGAAUUCGGACAUGCCUUGGGGUUAUCACAUUCUGAUGAUUCCGAUGCCCUCAUGGCGCCAUUUUACCGGGGAUACCAGCCUAACUUUGAGCUCCAUUCAGAUGACAUAGUUGGAAUACAGGAGGUGUAUGGUGCUAGGCAACAGACUACAACUACGACAACAAAAAAGCCAACAUCCACUACCAAGGCAACAACUACAACAAAGCCAACUACAACAACUACAACAACAACUAAAAAGCCAACUACCACUAAAAAGCCAACAACUACAACAAAGCCAACGACGACAACAACCUCAACAACAACUAAAAAGCCAACCACGACAUCAAAGCCAACUACCACCAAAAAGCCAACUACAACAAAGCCAAUGAUCACUACAACAUCAACAGAUAUUGACAUCUGCAAUAAGGCUAAGCCAGAUGCAUUCGCAAACACAUAUGAUGGAAAGACAUAUAUGUUUCAAGGAGCUCAUUACUAUGAACUUAAUGAUUAUGGCGUGGCGGCCAGUGGUCUAAUCCGUAAUGAUUGGGAAGGUCUCCCUGACAACAUAGAUGCGUCACUUUAUUGGGCAUACUGGGGCGUCACCUAUUUCUUCAAAGGAGAACUAUACUGGAGAUUCGUUAACAAAAAGAUGGCAGCAGGAUACCCAAGAAGGAUUGGAAUCGACGGCUUCAGAGGCAUGCCAUCUAAUGUAGACGCUGCUUUUGUAUGGAGUGGGAACGGAAGAACAUACUUUGUUAAAGGAGAUCAGUACUGGCGUUACUCAGGUUCUUACGUCGACUCAACUUACCCAAGACGUCUCUCAAUCUGGAACGGCCUACCAGAGUCAUUAGAUUCCGCCAUGCAGUGGGUAAACGGGCGAACGUAUUUCUUCAAAGAUGGCAAUUACUACCGUUACAAUGACGGUCAAUUCAGAGUCGACUCGAGUUCGUCAGCCCCGUACCCACGCUCAACGGCUGAGUGGUGGUAUGGUUGUCCGAAAACAUCUGGCUCUAUUCAGUUUGCUGGGCUUACACACCAUACCGCAAUGUCAGAUACAAAACAAGAAGUAGGGAUACAAACAAUUGAUGAAGAUGGUCUAGUCGAAAGGCCCAUGGGGGCAGAACCUUUAGAAUCUCAGGACAAAGAACAUGAAAAUAUAGAAACUGAAGAGGGUUUGAGUAAAACAAACGGAAGUGGUGCCACGCAUGCGCAAUUUUUACCUCUGAUAGCUGGACUAUCUUUUCUAUUAGUGUUGAAAUUUUAAAUGUAUAAUGUAAAUUGUGUCGGAUACUCUGUAUUUUUAGACUGCUGUUUUGUGUUAGAUGACGCUGCAAUUGUGUCUGUCUAUUAUUUAACACCCGAAUCUGUAAAAACUAUUUACAUGUACUGUACAGAUUAUUGAAUACACUAUUAAGGUGACAAAACUUUACAUUCCAAACACUGUUGCCAAUUUCAGGGUCUACAAUAAAGUCAUAUUCUAGUCAUAUAAGAAGCAACAGCCUACCAUACAUGCCCACCACUUUUCUUUAUAGACAUUCUGUUUUCUCAUGUAAGUUUUUCCAAAUGGGACUCAUUCGAAAUAUGAGGCACAAAAAUCGACAAAUGGUAGCUAUGUUAUUUUACCUACUACAGUAUCAAUUGCAACAUAUUGUAUACUUAGGCAUACUUUUAAAUAAAAUAUG